AUGGCUGCGAUAACUGCUGUGUCUGAUUUGAAACCGUUCAAGACUAUGUGGAAGAUUAGAGUUAAGAUCAUUCGUUUGUGGAAGCAGUAUUCGGCGUCCGGUGGCCUAACCAUUGAGAUGGUGUUAAUCGACUCUAACGGUGUUAAGAUUAACACUUCUGUAAAAAAAGAUCUGGUUAAUCAAUUUGAUUCCUUCCUUUCACAAGGAAGUUCAAAGAUUCUCAUUAACUUUUCACUCAACCCCUCUUGCGGUUCAUACCGAACAACUAUAAAUCCAUACAAAAUUGGUUUUCUGUCGACAACACGUGUGAGGAGUUGUGAUGAUUUGCCUGAUGCCCUAACUGGCUUUGAACCAGUCAACUACAUGGACAUUCUAGAUGAUGUAAUUGGUCAGAUUGUUGAGUUGACCCCAAUUGAAGUAGUAUCAGCUAAUGGGAAAGAAACUCAUAAAUUGACUGUCGAGCUUCGUAAUGAAAAGUACACUCAUAUACAGUGUGUUGCUUAUGGAGCUCUAGCCCAUCGUUUAAAUGCAUUCUGGCGUUCUAAUACUGCAGAUGUUGUAGUAUGUGUUUUAAGGUUAUGGCGAAUUGAGUGGGGAGAAGGUGGUUUCAAUUAUGUUACAAACAUGGAAGGUGGUUCUGAUAUUUUGUUUGAUUCUGACAUCCCAGAAAUUCAGUUCUUCAAAUCUCAGAUUCCAAGCAUCGAUCUCUGA